GGGCGGGGGGGGGCUUCAAAUAAAAUUCCACUUCGUCUCAGCUCAUGAGGACCCGAACCGAGAGCCAACAGGUCGUCAGUGAAACAGGGCUGAACGAAUGAAUUGAGGGACUAAUGCGUAAUAACGAUUUUAGGACUGAAAUGAGGUGGGAACCGCACGUGCAUUUGGGAUGAAUUUUAUACCAGCUCUCCAUCUCUGAAGGCACCAUGGAGAACCACUACCUGCGUUCAUUGUGCACACCUUCCAUGAGCUUCCAAGAGGUCUCCGUGCGUUUUCAAAUAACUUUUCACUUUUCUAAUGACUCUUAGGACAUGGUGUGUUUUAUUCACGUCCCUUGCACACACUUGAGAGACGCUUUACAGUAACAAUUAGACAUGCAGAGCCUUGGUGUGGUGAGAUGCUCGGCCGGUCUGUUCGCGGUGCGCUCCUGCUUGCUGCUGCUCUUCAUCCACAUGAGCGCACCGGUGGAGGCGAAGAGAGUGCACGGCGGUCGGGCACAAACUCGGCGGGUGCAGCAGCAGCAGCAGCAGCAGCAGCCUCCGGCGUACAGGGAGCGGGUGGAAGGAGCGGAGAGCUUCCCGUUAGACUUUACAGCCGUGGAGGGUAACAUGGACAACUUCAUGGUGCAGAUAAAGAACUUGGCACAGUCACUGUACCCGUGCUCUGCGCAGAAGCUGGAUCAAGACAUGAAGCUGCACUUCUUGAAGAACAUAUCUGUGACUUGCAAUGACGGGUCACCAGCAGGGUACUACAUCAAGGAGUCCAAAGGCAGCAAGAGGUGGCUGCUGUUCUUAGAAGGUGGAUGGUACUGUUUCAACAGGCAGACCUGUGACAACAGGUACGAGACGAUGAGAAGACUGAUGAGCUCCACCAAGUGGCCACAGACCAGAACAGGAACAGGAAUUCUGUCUCCUCAGCCGGAGGAAAACCCUCACUGGUGGAACGCCAACAUGGUAUUCAUCCCGUACUGCUCCAGCGAUGUGUGGAGUGGAGCCACACCGAAGACAGAUCACAGUGAUUAUGCGUUCAUGGGCUCUCUGAUCAUUAAGGAGGUGGUGAACGAGCUGCUGACAAAAGGUCUGGACAACGCCAAGGUUCUGCUUCUGGCUGGAAGCAGUGCGGGCGGUACAGGUGUCCUGCUGAACGUGGACCACGUUGCAGAGCAGCUGGAGUCACAGGGCCACCGAGGGGUGCAGGUCAGGGGUCUGGCUGACUCCGGAUGGUUCCUGGACAACAAACAGUACAAAUUCACAGACUGCCUGGAUACCAUCAGCUGCGCCCCCACUGAGGCCAUAAAGAGAGGCAUCAGGUACUGGGGUGGUUUGGUACCAGAGAGCUGCAGACAGGCUCACGUGGGAGAGGAGUGGAACUGUUUCUUUGGAUAUAAAGUCUACCCCACAUUAAAAAGCCCGGUGUUCGUGGUGCAGUGGCUGUUUGAUGAGGCCCAGCUGACGGUCGACAACAUCCACCUGACCGGACAGCCCAUCCACGAGGGCCAGUGGAGGUACAUACAGAACCUGGGACAGGAGCUGAGGAGCACGCUACGUGGCGUACCGGCGAUGUUUGCUCCGGCCUGUCUGUCACAUGAACUCAUUACUAGAACCUACUGGAUGGGCAUUCAGGUGAAAGGCACCUCCCUGCCCAGAGCCCUCCACUGCUGGGACCGCAGUCUCCACAUCAACCACAUCAACGGUAGCCACAGCAACCACAACCAGCAAAAGCACAAGACCCCACCCGUGAGGGGUUGCCCUCUACAUUUGAUUGACAGCUGCCCGUGGCCUCACUGUAAUCCGUCCUGCCCGACUAUUCGUGACCAGCUGACGGGACAGGAGAUGAGCGUGAUCCAAUUCCUGAAGCACAUGGGCUUCGACGUGCAGAAGAUGGCCCAGCAGCAGGGGAUGGACCCCAGGACGCUACUGGGCAUGCUCAAUAACGGGAACUGAGUUGUUGUUCUUUAAAGUGCAGCAAUGUUAGUGUAGUGUCAGUGAGCCAUGCUGCAGAUAAGAAGGUGCGGAACAUAAAAGACGACAGGAACAUGAAAACAGACCUCGAAUGAGAAAACUGUCAAUACUUCCAGACAUCGUCUCCCAUCAGCAACAAACAAGACUCAGCUUUUGAAAAACUGCACGACACAAAAACUCACAAGUGCCUGAUGAGUUUUGAAGACAAAUACAAUCAAACCAGAAUGUCUGAGCUGUUUAAACACAACAUAUGGGAUCACAUGCUGUUUUAACAUAUAGAGAUAUAUACUGUAGAUAUGCUAUUAUUGUUAGGUGUACACAAACACAAUGACAGGUGGGUACAGUGUGUGUGUGUGUGUGUGUGUGUGUGUGUGUGUGUGUGUGUGUAUAUAUAUAUAUAUAUAUAUAUAUAUAUAUAUAUAUAUAUAUAUAUAUAUAUAUAUAUAUAUAUAUAUAUAUAUACAUACACAUACACAUACACACACACAGUAAAUAUGUACGGUGCAUUAUGUAUGUGCAGUUGAGACUGUCAUGGUGGUAAAUUAAAAUAGUCUGAGUUUUGAUGGGAAAGCACUGGAUUGAAAACACCUCCCAGUUAGUUUUGUGGGGAUUUGGCGCUCUCUUCUGUCGACUCUAAGUAUCACAUUCACAAAUCCAUCAAACGGUGCUGCUGUUUCUACCCUCCACCAAAUAUGCUGCUUUUUCUCAUUUUGGUAAAAUAAUAAUUUAAUGGAUAAUAUGUACUAAUAAAAAAGGUACAAAUAUUAAGAUUAUUACUUUGUUCUUCAGGCUACUUAAAAGUGCUUGUAUAUUUAUUUUUCUACUGAAAAUCUAUUAUAUGUCUUAUAGUCAGACACAUUUAGCUACUGUAAGAGUGUCUCCAUACAUUUUACUUUUUUAUUUGCAUGUUUGUGAAAAAAAAACCCUGUAUGCUGACGGUACAAAUUAGGUAGUUUUUCAGGCUUUUGAGUUUGUAACAAAUAUUUUCUUGUGCUGUAGUAGUAGCAGCACCUUAUAUAUGCACUAAUAAAUACAAAUACAAGCCGAUAUGAUAAAAAGAUAAUUUAAUAAUUACAAAAGUAUGACAAUAAAGUAGUAGUUAUCACCCUAAAAAAACAACUCAAAAAACAAAAUGUAAAAACAAGAAUACAUUUCCAGUAUUAUCAUACUGCAUAAU